CUCUCACUAAAAUUACCAAAUUUAAGGACACUAAAUGGCUUGUUUACGCCUCUUUUCAAAAACAAUUUUUAAGUAUUUUACAUUUCUAAAGAAGUAAUUUAAAGAUUAAAGUGAAUAUCAUAAAACAACAACUCAAGAAAAACAUAAACAAAACAAAAUUUACAACACAUCGCACUCUCUCGCUCACUUCUCGUUCUCAGAAUGUCAACGCGACCGUGAGGGAAUGUCAAGAAAUACACCACCAACAUUUUUCCACUUUUGUUUUUGUUUAAAACUCGCUUAAUUUCAUCAAAAUUCAAUCAAUUUCAAUUCUAAUCGAUUCUUGAAUUGCAAUUUGAUGGUUGGUUCUUGAGUGAGGUUGACAAGUUCACAAUCGGAGGAAGAAAGACAGACAAAAAAGAACUGUCAAACUUCAUCAAAAACAAUUGAAAGAUAUCUUCUUUCCACUCCUACUGCCAUCUAUGCAUUGAUUGUUUAACUAAAACAAACCGAAAAUGGAUUUAAUAUGGAACAUGGAAGACGGAAGUGCAUAUUCAAAUGAGAAAAUACGCUCAAUGGAUUCCACUGAAAAGUCGUUUUUAAUGUUCGUCAACGGUACAUCACGUAACAUAACGAUAUAUUGGCUAGAUUUUAAUGGAACACCAAAAGUCUUUCAACGUCUACGUCCGCGUGGUGCUGUAGAAGUCAACACCUAUCGCUCACACGCCUGGACUUUUCGAGACGCCUACAACGGCGAGAGAAUGAAGGUUUUAAAUAAAAGCGUCUACGUGGCGGAGCCUUAUUUUAUGACACAUCCUCGCGACCCAGGUGUUCUAGUUUCAGCCCGAAAAGUUCUUAUUGUACAUUUUCCUGUGCGUACGUUGCGAGAGAAUAUGCUGUGGCAUGUUGUGCGAGAAAUGAAUUGUCGCUCGGAGGAAAUGAUUGAGCAACUUGAAUUACCCAAAGUGCUCAAAGACGAUCUACUAUCAAUAUUUAGACAAGUUUUGGCAUUCCGCCGAAGUACGGGUAAUUUGGAAUUUUUAAUGUUUUACAAUAACUGAUAUACAUAGUAUCGAAACACUGUGUUAUAGGUGUUUUGUUUUUGUAAUAUUAAGAACAAAAUAAGUUAAUUUGUGCAUAAGUAUUGUGAUCUAGGAAUUAAAUAAUAAAUAAAUAAAAUGGAAACUAAUAAUAAUAAAACUAUAAUAAUUAUAUGGACGUUAAAUCAAUAUGGCCAAGUAGAUGUUAAAAUUAUUGAAUAAAAAACAAGUUUUGUGUAAGAUAUCAAUGA